AUGAUUGUAGAUCUUCCAAAGGACAGACAUAGCAACUCUAUAUUAGUCAUUGUGGAUAGCUUCACCAAGUAUGUUAUCCUGGUGGAAUGUUCCAAGAAGCUAAAAGUUCCAGAACUUGUGGAUCUGUUCUUAUGUCAUGUAUGGAAGAAGUAUGGCAUGCCCAAAAAGACAGUGUCAGACUGCAGAAUGGUCUUUAACAACAAAUUCCUAAAGGCACUGUACCAACACCUAGGAAUAGACUCACACUUCAUGUUGGCUUAUCACCUACAAAGCAACAGGCAAACAGAGCAUGUCAACCCAUCAGUUGAACACUCCCUAAGAGCCUACUCUGGAGUCAACCAAGAAGAUUGGGUAAAAUGGCUCCCAAUGGCAGAAUUUGCCUACAACAACACACAACACAGUAGCACCAGCAAAUCUCCCUUCAAAGCACUAUAUGACUGGGAGGCUACCUUAACCCCAAGCAACAUCCCCACCAGUGUACCAGAAGCAGACAACUUAACUGCACAAAUGGAAGCACAAUGGCAGGAAGUAGAAGCAGCACUCCAGCAAUCCAAGACAUGCAUGACCACCAGAGAAUAUGGAAUGCCAAUUGAGAUUGAAAUUGGAGACAAAGCUUGGCUUGACACCAAAAACAUCAAGCUCAUAACCUUGAGCCCAAAGCUUACAGAGCAAUGCCUGGGCCCAUUCAAGGUUACUGAAAAAAUCUCCAAUUGUGCCUACUGGUCAGAACUACUGUUGUCAAUGAGAAUUCACUAUAUGUUCUAUGUUGGAAUGCUCUCAAAGGUGAAACAGGACAAGAACUGCACCUUUGAAAAUUGUCCUCCCCCUGUUACCAUUGAUGGAGAGGAAGAGUAUGAGGUUGAAGGGAUCACAGAUGCCAAGAAAUGCAAUGGAGAGUGGUAUUUCAGGGUUAAGUGGAAAGGGAUACAGAUCAGAAGAAACAUGUGGGAACCCCAAGAACACCUAAAAAACACCAAAAAAAUUCAAAAAAGUACAAAAAAGAAAUGA